GUCACUUGUCAAAGUCGAAAUUUGGGCUGUGGCUGGCCUACACCCAAAUGUUUAUGGAUAAAAGUGGUUAAAAGCGUUAUUUUACUAAUAGUUUGUAAAAUUAAUAUGUAUGUUAAUUUUAUUUCUUAAAAUAAUACUUUAAUUUUUAACUGACACAAAGAUGGUUUCAAAAUCAAAGACUGGACUUUUUGCGCUAGGAUUUUUUACAUUUGCAUCUUUAUUUAUUAUUGUUGCUUUUGUAAGCCCUUAUUGGCUUGUUACUGAUGGGAAAUUGAAAAAUCCAAAAUUCUUAAGAAUUGGUCUAUGGGAAGUUUGUUUUAAUGGUUUUGAAGAAGUUCAUCACUGGUAUGACACAAUUUUCAGUGAUUGUUGGUGGAUUUUCGAAGAGGAAUAUUAUAUCAUACAUGACAUUCUUUUGCCUGGAUUCUUUAUAGCAACUCAAUUUUUCUUUACGAUAACAAUGUGUUGUAGUAUCGUCUCAAUUGUCUUAUUUUACAUGUACAUCAAGAAAGAUCAAGAUGAUGAUAAUUAUGUAACACUAUUAUUAACAUUUGGAACUACCCUUGUUAUAGGCGGUUUUUCAGGAUUGAUAUCAGUUGUGACUUUUGGUGCAAGAGGGGAUGGACGGGAUUGGAUGCCCCACUGGGAGCACAAUGAUUUAGGAUGGGCAUUCGCCCUUGGUGUUAUUGGCGUUAUACUUCUGUUUCCAGCUGGGAUACUGUUCCUUAUCGAAGCUAGAGUAAGGAAGUACAAGAGACUGCAUGAAAUGCAAAGUAGAGAACCUUCAUCAUACACAAUGCAUGAGAGGAAAGUUGCCUUCCCUGGUCAUACAGAUAUUUAACGUAUUAUUUGUACAUUUUUGGGAUAGUUUAAUGCAAAGCAAACUAUCAAUUUUUGAUCUUAAACAAUCCGUCCAGGUGUACUCUAAGAAUAAAAUGUUUUUUAUGCAUUUGUAUUUUCUAAGAACAUAGUAUUAAGAUACAGUGAAGGCUGAAAUUACAUAAAACAAGAUCUGGAGUUGAAAUAAUUUAUUUACAUUUUUUUUUCUUGAGUCCACUGUGGCACCAUAAAUAAUAUUGUCUUCAGUGUUAUUGCAACAGUUUUAUAGAAUUAAAAUUAAGUUCUUAUGUUUGGUGUGUCCAAACUAUUUGAGAAUAUUUUGUGUAUUUUUAUUGACAACAUAUACCUACUUAAAGUUAUUUGACAUGACAUAAGCUUUUAUCUGAUUUUUUUUGUUUGUAAUUUGUAAUUAUGUGUAAAACAAACAUUUCACUGUAGAAUGACAAGAUUUAUACUAGUUUCUUUAGUGCUGAUAGGUUUUAUGCAUGCAAAAGUUGUGUUCAGCGUAUAAUUUGUAUUGUUAUACCUAGUUGACAGAAAAUAAUGUACAGUGCCACAAACUUAACUGACCCGGUGGCAAAAACUGGAACUACGUGCCGCCAUUUUGAAAUGUCACGUUUUCACAGACUUUUCAUACGAAAUAUAGCGAAAUAUUUUGUAAAAAGAAAUCGACAUCAGUGACACCGUCAUGUCACCGGGUCAGAUAAGUUUUUGGCACUAUACAGGAAUAAAUGUCAAUACAAAAUAUUCUAACCAUAUAGGUUAAUAUAAUUUUAUUUCUUUUACUUAAAUAAUUUAACAAUGUGCAAAAUUUACAUUAAUUCAUUUGUUUGAUGCAAGUAAUUGCAAUUCGAAAGAAAUGCAGUGAUGUAAAAUAAAAUGUUUAUUACAAAA